CAACGUACUGUGUGGCACAGUACAGCUCAAGCAGCUGCGGCACUACUAAAGCGCGCAUGCAUGGCUGUGUGAAGUGAGAGUCCUGAGCAGUUGAGUGAGUGAGAGAAGGGCCCGGCCGGCCGGAGAGAUCGAUGGGGCACCACUCCUGCUGCAACAAGCAGAAGGUGAGGAGGGGCCUGUGGUCACCAGAGGAAGACGAGAAGCUCGUCAAGUACAUCACCACACAUGGCCAUGGCUGCUGGAGCUCAGUCCCAAGACAAGCUGGGCUGCAGAGGUGUGGCAAGAGCUGCAGGCUUCGGUGGAUCAACUACCUGAGGCCGGACCUGAAGAGGGGAAGCUUCUCGCAGGAGGAAGAAGCGCUCAUCAUUGAGCUCCACAGGGUGCUAGGGAACAGGUGGGCGCAGAUAGCCAAGCACCUGCCUGGUAGAACAGACAAUGAGGUGAAGAACUUUUGGAACUCCACCAUCAAGAAGAAGCUCAUAUCUCAGGCCGUUGGCAGCCUCCACGCCGGUGGCAUCCCUUCCCCUGCAGACUUGUACUACAACAUUCUGGAUGGGGCAGCAGGACAAGCAGGCGGCAUCGCAGCGGCGGGGUGCCCAUCUCUGAGCGGGCUGGAUCACAAUGCAGCUCAAGGAGGAGUCACGCAGUCAUCCCCUCCAUCUGGAUGGGCCAAUUUCACCUCGCACCCGCUGUUCCUCCCCGGCGCCGAUCAUCUCCAGUACGCCGUCGACGGGGACUUCGUCAGGCUGUGCCGCUCGGCCGAUGCGUACCCGGAGAACGGCGCCGCCGCAGCUGGCCUCAUGGCUCAUGAAGCAGCAGGCGGCGCUUCCGCUAACGAUGAUGAUGAUCGCAGCUGCAGCCUCCCGGUGUUCGUCGAGCCCAAGGCCGGCGCUUUCUCUGCCGGCCCAGCCAUGGGUCCCGUGGUGGACUUCAUGGAUGCCAUUCUCGGGUCCUCGUCGACGUCGGCGGCCAGCGCUUCCUCCGUCGACAGCUUCUCCGCCAACACCGGCAUGCAGCUUCAUUGGAUUCCCUGAGCUUAAUUUGGGGCCGGCCGGUGUGUUUGGGUAGGUACGUAUAUGUAGUACGUACGUGUAUGGGUUGAUCUUAAUUAGCACGCAUCCUAAGUUCAGAUAAUAUAGUACUGAUGAAAUAAUCAUCUCAUGUUUCUUAGAGUACAGUAGUAUUUACAUGAGUUACCUGUAAAUAUAUAUUUCCUGUAAUGUGUAGGAAUGAUAUAUAUAGUAUAACCUUAUAACAUUGGUGUUGCGCUAAAUUGAAAUUUGUACAACGAAA